GAAUAUUUAUGUGUUAAUGAAUAUUUAUGUGUUGAUGAAUAUUUAUGUGUUGAUGAAUAAUAAAAUAGGUAAAAUGCCACCUAAGAGUAAAGAUAGUGGUAAGAAGUCCCAACGUCCGAGGAUAGUAGUAUGUGAGGCGCCUCCCAUGGCCGUGUCUUCCCGCCCUCAGAGUGUUGAUCAUAUGUCUUUAGCCAGUACUCAGGCUUUUACCCCAUUACUCUCCUCCCACACAUUCCCGUCUGGGGUACCGCCAUCCUUCCAGUACUCAGCGGUACCGCCAUCCUUCCAGCAUCCUGGUGUGCCCCCGUCCUUCCAGCAGGCGGCAGGACCUAGCUUUCCAUUCACACAUACUGGUGUGCCCCCGCCCAGCUUUCCAUUCGCCCAUACUGGCAUGCCUUCAUCCUUCCAGCAUACUGGAGGAUCUGGUUUCUCAUAUCCCAUGCAGAUGACUUCCUCCUUUCAGCAUACGGGAGGAUCCAGUAGUACACCUCCGACACAGGCUGGACGAUCUCCUAGUCCACGCCCCACACAGGCUGGACGAUCUCCCCGUCCACGUCCGACACAGGCUGGACGAUCUCCUAGUCCACGCCCCACACAGGUUGGAGGCUCACGCACCCCACAUCCCACACAUGUACCAGCACGUGAGGUUGAUGAGGCAGUUGAUGAGAUAGAUGGAGCUGAUCUUCGUGGGAGGGAUGAUCCUGAUGAGAUUCAUGUGAUUGACGGCAGAUUUUGGAUUCAGCCCGAAGGAAGCAAUUUUACGCCGAGUCGGACAGCUGCUAGGGUUGUUAGCUAUAUAAUUCAGCAGAUGUAUAAAUCAGCUUUUAAGAGCUAUGGGGACGUCAAAAAUAAAGAUGAAUGGUUUAGAAUGUUUAAGGAGAAAUGUGUGUGGGAUCCUUUGAGUGAAAAAAGUGUUCAGAAAGUUUUCAACACCAGAUGCUCUAAAAGAAUGUCUGAUAUGCUGCGGAGAGUAAGGGAGAAUCAUGAGCUUCAUGGCAUCCGUCCUAACUGGAUAGGCGAGGAGGUUUUUCAUGAUCUUGUUACAUAUUGGAGGAGUCCAGAAUUCCGGGCUAAAUCAGAAACUUUUAAGAAGAUGAGGGCAUCUGAAAAGGGCGGUUGUGUCAACACAGUUGGAAGUAUUAGCACCGCCGAGCAUGCCCGACGAUUGGCUAAGGAGUUGGGGAGAAAACCAUUGAUGCCUGAGCUGAUUUCGAGGACCCGGACAAGGAGAUCGGGAGGUUUUGUCGACGAGCGCACGAAGUUGUAUCUUGAAGAUUAUGAUAGGCGACUUGCCAUUUUUCUGGAAAAUAAUCCUCAAUUCAUGCCAGCAGAGGGGGAGCCGCUAAAUGCGGAUGUUGAUCACUAUAUCUGGUGUGAGGUUAUUAAAGAAAAAGGACCUAAUGGUUGCUUUUUUGGUGCUGGAAAUUUGGCGGCCAGCUAUAGACGUGGUGACCGCAAUCUGUUUCAAAGACUUCAGGAUGGAGAGGGUGGAUCGCGUCAACCAAAUCUGACACAGGAACAAACUGAAUUAGUAAGGCAAUUGGCGAGACGCGAAAGUGAGGCCCAGAUCGAGAUGAUGCGGAAGAAGCAGGCUGAUAUGGAGGAGCAGCAUGCGCGACAGAUGGAGGGCAUUAUGAAGAAGCAAGCUGAGAUGGAGGAGCAGAUGAGACGGUUUAUGCAAGGAGGUGGAAAUUACAGUAAUGCUCCUCCUCAAGAGCCGGAGGAUGACGGGGUGGCUGAUGAUUUUAAUCCGGAUAAUUAUUUUCCGGAUGAUGCGUCUUGAAAACAUUUUGUAUUUUAUUUAUUUUUAAUUUAUUUUUAUGUAAAAUAUUCUACAUUUUAAUUCAUUACAGUAUUAGUUUUAAA